GAAAAAAGGGUUAAAAACAUACAAAACAAGAAGCGUGACACUGUAAAUAAAAGCAAUACAUUAUCUUAUUUUUAAAGAAUAAGAGUGAUAGAAAUAUGAAUACAGCACAUACUUUGGUUUAAUGACCUUUUUAAUUUGAACCUCUACGUCUAUAGAGGGAGCCACUUCAGUUUUACGCGCUGCACCCCGGUGAGAGAGCUCAACCUGCCCGGUACGCCGCCCCCCAGCAUGUCAUACUGUACAAACCGCGUGUUAAUCACUGGUGCUGCGGAGCCGCCUGACAUCCACACAGCGCCAUAAAAGACGCGCUGCUUCGCGCAUACGCUCGGAUUUGCCCGGAGAAGCGGAGAGCCGCAGGUAAUAAUUACAGCGCUGCUCGGAUUUCGGGUCGACAUGCUGGGGAUCUGCGUGUUUCUGUGUGCGGUCUUCACGCAUGUGCUUUCUCAGGAGCCGGAGGAGCCCAUUUCCUACUCAGUGCAUUGCACAGAGGGUUAUAAGUAUGACAGAGUCAAAGAGCAGUGCAGAGACAUUGAUGAGUGUGCUUUGCUAGACGAUGCCUGUAAAGGAGGGAUGCAGUGUAUUAACCACUACGGUGGGUACCUCUGCCUCCCCAAGAGUGCUGUGAUCUAUGUCAAUAAAGAGGGGGAGCCGCUGUCGGAGGCUGUGCCUCCCGUGCCUCCCAUGCCUCCCGUGCCUCCCGCCCCUCCGGUCCAGGGAAACCAGCCUCAGGUGGCUUCAGGUUCCGGGAGGCUGCCCCUGUCCAGGACCGUCCACUGUGCACCUGGCUUCACUGUAGACGAGCAGAACUUCUGCCGAGACGUCGAUGAAUGUGCGACGGGUAGACACGGCUGCGGGCCCGAGCAGACGUGCUACAACACCAGAGGCUCCUACACCUGCCAGUGCCUCCCCGGCUUCCAGAGGAGCGGCGACCGCUGCGUGGACAGAGACGAGUGCGCCCUGACCCACUACUGCACGCAGCGCUGCGUCAACACGCCGGGCUCCUACUACUGCGAAUGCAACGCGGGCCACAAGCUGGCCAGCAACAACCACAGCUGCGUCGACGUGAACGAGUGCGACGCGCAGAGCCCGUGCGAGCACCACUGCUACAACCUGAUCGGCUCCUUCCUCUGCCAGUGCGACCACGGCUACGAGCUGGCGCCGGACGCGACCUCCUGCCAAGAUAUCGACGAGUGCGGCUUCUCCAGCUACAUGUGUCAGUAUCAGUGUAUCAACAACGCGGGAAGCUACUCCUGCGAGUGUCCGGAGGGAUAUCAGCUGCAGGGGAACAGGUUGUGUCAAGACAUAAAUGAGUGUGAGACAGGGACCCAUAACUGCCAAGAUGAUGAAAUGUGCUGGAACUAUUACGGAGGCUUCCGCUGUUAUCCCAGAAACCCCUGCGAGACCCCUUACAGCAGGACCUCUGAAAGUCGCUGCAUCUGCCGGUCUCAGGCCGAGUGCCAGGGUCUCCCGCCAUCAAUUGUCUACAAGUACAUGAGCAUCCAGGCAGAGCGGACGGUGCCAGCGGAUAUCUUCCAGAUUCAGGCCACCAAUAUCUACGCCAACACACACAACACGUUCAGGAUCAAAGCUGGGAACGAAGGAGGAGAAUUCUUCCUACGGCGUUCCAACAACGUGAGCGCCAUGCUGGUUCUGACCAAGCCCCUGUCCGGGCCCAGGGAGUACGUGGUGGACCUGGAGAUGAUCACUCACCAGCUGACCAUGAACUACCGCUCCAGCUCGCUGCUCCGGCUCACCGUCAUAGUCGGGCCCUACUCUUUCUAAGCACUCCCUUCAGCCCCGCGUGGUCCGACAAACACAGCAGCGUAGCACAGCAUGACAUACCUUACAUUACCAUAGAGCACACGCAUACAACAUGUAACGCAGGCUGCCCCAGACUCGUAUACUGCAGCAGCUGCUCCAAUAGACCUCUCAGAACAGAACCACUAGGCGUCUUUACUCUGAAACACUGACAAGCGAAGAGUCCGGAAGAAUCACCUAAAAUGGAAAGAAUUGAGCAUGUUUAAGGCAGAAUCGUCUUUUGGAAGCGGAUGCUGCUCGUGGGAGCAGAGAAGUCAGGGAAGGAGGCCUAGUGGACACAUCUGAGUCCUGUUAUGAUUUCUUUCUUACAGCUGUGCUGACAUUUAUCAUUAUUGUUUAGUGACCGUAUCCUUUUUGUGCUUCAGUGAGAGAAAAGAGCCCAUAUAAUCGAUAUAAGCGUACCUGCGAGAUACAGAAAUAACCUAGAGACUGUGCGAAUCACAGCUUUGGAUGAGAAACGUUGUCCUGUUUAGUUUUACUCAUGAGUAAGAAUUUCCAGAACAGUUCAGAAGUGUAAAGGGGGACUUGAGAGAGCGCUAAACUCUGUGUGACAACAGGUUUCGUGCUUGUAGAGUAAACUCACAGGAGCUGAGUCAUGUACAUAGGUAACAAAUCGGUGUGUGUGUGUGUGUGUGUGUGUGCGCGUGUGUGCGUGCGUGCGUGUGUGUGCACGUGUGUGCGUGUGUGUGCACGUGUGUGCGUGUAUGUGUGUGCGUGUGUGCGUGCAUGUGUGUGACAGAGAGGAGACCGAGUGUGUGCCUGGUUUUGUUUAUGCGUGCAUGUAAAAGUGUGAAGCGCAGAGGGAGAGCGAGGGAAAGAGUGAGAGUGAGCUCGUUCUGCGCCUGUGUGAGUUCGGGGCGCUGUUUGUGUUUCUGUGAUGCCAUCCCAACAGGGGCAAUAACAGGAGGUCGGGAACACGCACAGUACAGUAAAUGGUGCUUUUCAUAACGCGCGGUGGCCAGUUGGCCGCUCACAGUGAUCCUCCAGUGGGAACGGCCUUUUUAUGUUUCAAGCCGGUCUAGAAGCCACACUGGCACCAAGCAGGCCUGAUAAUGACGGCGCUUUGCCCCCGCCGCUGUCACGCGUGACACCGGGGGGGGGGGGGGGGGGGGGGGCUCCUCGCGUCGGCUCUGGCUUAAUGCUGAAACUGUGUACACUGUCGACACACUGCACUGAAAACCACAUUAAAACCCAGCAUGUUGUCACAACUCUGUAAGUGUAGAGCGUUAUCCAUCUCCAUCAACAGCCUUUCAUGUGGUUUCAGCAGUGGUCCCUCCAUAGUGCCUUACAGUUAUAAACACUAAUCAUACCUUCCUUCAUUGAAAUGCCUUAAUGUUUUCCUGCUCUAUUUAAAACGUACUUUGUCACAUGCAUCAUACAUUGAUUGUACUCUGAAGAGCAAAUGUUAUAUUGUUGAAUAAAAUAUGAUGGAUAAUUGA